GUAAGUUAGUGCAGAAGCAGUUGAUCUAGUUCAAAGAACUAUUAAUACGUGAUAUCGGUUCAUCAACGAAAAUAAGGAAAUUUUCACGUCAUCCACGCUGUCUGCCAUAAAGUAUCUCCAUAUUAAAGGUAACGUGCUUGUCGUGGUCUGUCGUCAAUUUGCGUUAAGUUGCAAAUUACGUCCGCCGCGUUUGGGGACAUUCUUUGGUUUGGGCCGCAAGAACUCUGGAAAAGGCCGAAGCUCCAGCUCAAGACAUUCUUUUGCAACGUCAAGUGGGUCCCAUAAGGGACCACAGUGCAAUCCACAAAAGCUAAUUUAUAGCCAUCCUAUUCAUCUCAGCCAAUUUUACAAUUUCAACCUUGCUGUGUGGGCGCAUCCCAGUACUACAGAAUCAUCAACUGAUCAGAAAAGUAUAUCGGGUGAGGAUCAGACGGUGGACAAAAAUUCAAAAAAGAUGACACUUCCAAGCGCCGCCCGUGUUUAUACAGACGUGAACGCUCACAAACCAGACGAGUACUGGGAUUAUGAGAAUUAUGUGGUCGAUUGGGGCAACCAGGAUGACUAUCAGUUGGUUCGCAAACUAGGCCGUGGGAAGUACUCUGAAGUGUUUGAGGCCAUCAACAUAACAACCACUGAAAAGUGUGUUGUUAAAAUACUAAAGCCAGUUAAAAAAAAGAAGAUUAAGCGCGAAAUCAAAAUCUUGGAAAACUUACGAGGUGGUACCAACAUAAUAACCCUGUUAGCUGUUGUCAAGGACCCUGUGUCCCGUACACCAGCACUGAUUUUCGAGCACGUUAAUAAUACAGACUUUAAGCAACUGUACCAAACAUUAACAGAUUAUGAAAUUCGAUAUUAUCUGUUUGAACUGCUCAAGGCGCUUGAUUAUUGUCAUAGCAUGGGCAUAAUGCAUCGUGAUGUGAAGCCACAUAACGUGAUGAUUGAUCACGAGAAUCGAAAGCUGCGUCUUAUCGAUUGGGGACUUGCUGAAUUCUAUCAUCCGGGACAGGAGUAUAAUGUACGCGUCGCAUCACGUUAUUUUAAGGGCCCUGAGCUCCUGGUAGAUUAUCAAAUGUAUGAUUAUUCACUUGAUAUGUGGUCUUUGGGAUGCAUGCUUGCAUCCAUGAUUUUUCGCAAGGAGCCCUUUUUUCAUGGUCACGAUAACUAUGAUCAACUAGUGCGCAUUGCCAAGGUGCUGGGCACCGAAGAACUGUAUGCGUAUCUGGAUAAAUAUAAUAUUGAUCUAGAUCCGCGAUUUCACGAUAUUUUGCAACGUCACUCACGUAAGAGGUGGGAGCGGUUUGUUCACUCUGAUAAUCAACAUCUGGUGUCACCGGAAGCAUUAGACUUCCUUGAUAAAUUAUUACGCUAUGAUCAUGUGGACCGCCUUACGGCCCGAGAGGCAAUGGCGCACCCAUACUUUUUACCGAUCGUUAACGGUCAGGUGAAUCCAAACAGCCAGCAAUAGAGAGAGGAUUCACAUCGUGAAGUAAAAUAUGAAUAAAACCUUUACUGUCAGAGAAACAACAUCAGUAACCCCAGCGUCACCAGCAUCAGCAGCACUUAAUCAUAAUUGAACAGUCUGAAGGACAGUUGUAUGUUAUAAACCAUAUAAAUCAACAACAAAAACUAUAUGUGCGAAAGCCAAUAAGAUUAAGACCACAUUCAAUAAAAGCGCAUCGACUUGUAGUACGGAAUAAAAGUUAUACAGGCUGUUCUUAGCAGACACAUACAGAAGUCACACAGACCACACUACAAUUAGAGCAAUAGAAAUGUAAUAUUUUCUGUUGGGGAUAUUAAAAAAAUUUAUAGUUUUUGCAAUCCGAAAUUGACAAUUAAUAAGAAAA